AUGUUCAGCGAUGAAAGCCGCUUUUGUCUUCGUACUGACAGACGUGUGUGGAGACUAAGAAAUACAAGACUUAACGACCGAUAUGUUCAAGAAGGGCAUCCCUUUGGAGUUGGAGGUGUAAUGGUCUGGGGUGGAAUUUUCUACGGAGACCGAACGGAAUGUCUGUGGAGGUACAAUGACAGCAAUAUCGACAAAGAUAAUAUUCUAAAGAUUAACUACAUUUUACUAUCAAUAAUGGUUGAAAACUUAAAUGGUACGCAUUUUCCAUAUUUUUUUGACAACUAUGGAUUGGAAUUUGACGAAAAAACAAAAAUGUACGAAAAUAAUAGCAUGUUGGGAAAUAUUCAAAGGCGUAAAGCAGAUAUAGCAGGUAAAAACCAGAUUAUUGACAAUUUGGUGAAGGAGAAUUGGGAGAAGGGUUAUAACGGAUUUGUAGAGUACAAUAGACUCCUUUUUAUGCGAUUCUUUGCUCCAACAACCCCUGACUACAUAGCAUUCCUGUUAAGAGCUCCUCCUUUAUCUUAUCUACAGAAUGUUUAUUUGAUGCCAUUCGAUUGUUUGUCCUGGUAUGGUAUAGGAAUCACUUUCUUUGCGGGAAUAAUCAUUUUAUCUGCUAUUAUUAUUGAAGAGAGACGAUUUAUUAAUAAUAGAGCUGAUUCUUCUAUAAUUGACAUAUUUAUGCUGCUACUAUCUGCCCUGUUACAAAAAUUUUGGAACUUGGAAUUUAAGAGUUUAUCAGGCCGAAUUGCUACAGCGAUUUUUUAUUUAUGUUUUAUGGUCAUUUUUACAUUUUAUUGUGCUUGCAUUAUACUUUUUCUUCAAAAAUCCAGUGAAUCCAUCAAAACAUUCAGUGAUAUAUACUAUUCUGGUUUCGAUUUCGGGGUUCAGGAUGUGUCUUAUAAUUACUUCUACUUCUUGAAACCAAAUGAGAGGACAGAUGAAAAUUGGCGUCAAAUAAUAUACAAAGAGAGAAUUUCUAAGGAUUUACAUAAGUUUUUCAUGUCUGCUGAAGAAGGCAUGGAAAAUGUCCGAAAAGGUUUUUUUGCCUUUCAAAUACAAGGAUCAAUAGGACACCAUAUCAUACAAAAAACAUAUACAAACCAAGAGAAAUGUAGUGUUAGAGUGGCUCCUUCUGUAUACUAUUUUCCUAAAAACGUUUACUUGGCGAUUCAUAAAAAUUCAGUAUACAUUGACCACUACAAAGUUGGAUUCCAAAGACUUUUUGAAAACGGACUGCAGAAACGGGCCUUACUGAGACUAUUUGUGAAGAAACCAAAAUGCGAAGAGCAUAUGAGCAAUUUCAGUGGAAUUGGAAUAACGGAAACCAAAUUUAUAUUCACUGUAUUUCUGAUUGGAAUAGGAGCUAGUUUAUCUAUUCUCUUGUUGGAAAUAUUUAUUUUUAAAAUCACCGAUUCCUUGAUGUAUUAUAAAAUGUUAAAGAAAUAUCAUGUACUACAAUCUUAUACCAACUAAAGACACCUUUAGAUACAUAUAUUAUUAAAAAUAAUGUCUAUAGGAUUGCGGAGAGUUGAGGAUUAUCAUUGGCCUGGCUUUUUUCUAUUGAAUCAGGGAUCUAAAAAAUAAAAUUUAUUUAUUUGUUAUAAAAUGCCACCAUAAAACCCGCUUGCCAAUUUCCUUUUACUCGUAUAACAAAUAUGCUUAUCUAAUGGCGCAUUCUCACGACUCGUGUACUUUUUUCGACAAACAUUUGUAAUUGGUAUAUAGGGUAUACAUGGUUCGUCGGGCAUCUAUACCGAAGUUAUUUAUUAUAAGCCGAAUUCUCGCCAGACCCUGUAUGCCAAUAAAAAAUACUUGCCAAGUAGACAAGCCGUGAGAAUGCGCCUGAAAAAAAGUUUUUUUCUUAAAAUUGUUAAUACUCAUGUGACACACAAGUCAUAU